GAUUCGCCGACAUCAGAUGACUGUUGCUUUUACAUCAACCGGCAAUCAGUGACCUUUAACCUCCUGACGGCGUGACGUCACCAGGCAGCGUUCAGCAGGAGGUGACGGUGGCGCGCAGUACAGUAUUCCCAAGUGCAGGGAGACGGAGAGCUGUAUUCCUGCUACCAUAUUUCGUCCCUCCCCCCUUAAAACCACUGUUAUUAAUGUUAUCUAUAAUAAGAAUGGUGGUCGACUGUCUUUCGUUGUCUGACGCUGUCACACUUUACGGGUGUGGGACGUCCUGAACCGCCACAACAAUCCCGUGCUUCACGUCAGCUGCUGCUGCUGCUGGGAGCCGUUAUUCGGCGUCACGUCAGUUGUUUAACUGAACUAUCGUGAAGACGGAAACACAGAUUGUGUAUCAAAACAGAACCGUUUACGAAAGCGGAUUUAGUUAAGUAUAAAUAAUAACUGCGCGGAAACGCAAACGGUGCGUUUAUUUGGCACGGAGCGACAAUCACAAGGCAAGGCGAGAGAAAUUGGGACAAGUGUCAAGUCGGAGGAGAAGAUCGAGAUCAUCGCCGCUCCCACCCCGCUCACCGGACUUGCAGUAAAACAAGUUAAACCUCUAAAAAUUUGAAGUUACAGAAGCCCGUUCUCCUUGAGUUAAAGUCCAAGUGCGAUUUGAGGAGCAGAGACGGAUUUGGGGGCCAGACGGACCUCAGGAGGAACAUUGACUGAGCUGUAACGUUGACAGACUGGACAGUGGAAGCAGCUCCUCUUGCAUGGCCAGCUGCUGAGCGCACAGGAGUGUAAGAGGGACCCCAGCAUGUCUCAAGGCUCCGAGACGCCCCGUGGGUCGACCCAGCCUGCGCCCGUCAUCGCCGUGGAGGACCUGUCCGACGCUCCAGGUGCCCGGACAGCAGCUGCCACGGAUGAGGCAACCUCCCCUUCUUCGUCCAGCUCCUUUGAAUUGGUCGAUAUGGAUGCUGUCCCUCCGUUGUAUGAGCCAGUGCAGCCCCACUGGUUUUAUUGCAGGCGGACUGACACAAAGGACUCAUGGUUGCCUUUCAGCAUGGAGGAUUCCCAAAAGCUGGAAGAAGCCUAUCUGUCCAGUCUAAGGAGUGUCAAGGAGGUGGUGGUGGCCACUGAAGGGGAGCGCUAUGAUGUAAAGCUGAAGGAGAGAAGACGCUAUGCAGUGUACUGGGAGCAGGCCCCUUCAGAGGUGCGUCGCUGCACUUGGUUCUACAAAGGGGACAAGGACACUCGAUACUUGCCUUACCCAGAGGACUUCAGUGACAGCCUAGAGGAGGCAUACAUGAUUGCUGUAACUCUGGAUGAGUGGAAGAGGAAGCUCGAGUUCCCCACUGGGGAGACAGUCAUCCUCCACAAUCCUAAGCUGAUCAUGCACUACCAGCCCAUCACACUGCAGGAGGAGUGGAUGUCCUCACCGUCUGAGCAGACACGGCCCCGCACUGUCAAGAGAGGCAUUGAGAACAUCUCUGUCGAGAUCCCGGAUGGUGAGCCGGAAUCAGUGGACCACCUGGUGUUCAUGGUGCAUGGCAUAGGGCCAGCCUGCGACCUGCGCUUCCGCAGCAUCAUCCAGUGUGUGAACGACUUCCGCAGUGCCUCUCUCAGCUUACUCAAUACACAUUUCAAGAAGGCCCAGGAUGAGAAGAGGAUCGGCCGAGUUGAGUUCCUCCCUGUCAAUUGGCACAGUGCACUGCACGGGGAUGCCACUGGCGUGGACGAGGACAUCCAGAGGAUCACACUACCAAGCAUCAGCCGCCUGCGACACUUCACCAAUGACACGCUUCUGGACCUGUUCUUCUACAACAGUCCCACCUACUGCCAGACCAUCGUAGACACAGUUGCUUCUGAGGUCAACCAGCUGUACCGACUCUUCCGCCAGAGACACCCGCAGUUCACCGGUGGUGUGUCCGUUGCCGGCCACAGCCUGGGUUCUCUCAUCUUGUUUGACCUCCUGACCAACCAGAGAACCAGUUUAGUAGAGAAGGAUGCCAUAAGAGGGAAGACCAGUGGUGACAUGGUCACCCUCGAAUACAAAACCAUGAAGGAAGUUUUACAAAGGAUGGGCUUGGAGGAGCACAUUGAUGUGUUCAAGAAAGAGCAGCUGGACCUGGAGUCUUUGGCAUUGUGCUCUGAGAAUGAUCUGAAGGAGUUGGGAAUACCCCUGGGGCCCCGAAAGAAGAUCCUUAGUUUUAUGCGGAGAAGAACGAUGUUACAGGAGUAUAAGGCAGGAAACACCCACUUAGCACCGGGCCUGCAUGCAUCCAGAGAUGGUGAGGAUUUCCCCGUUGAAGAUGGGCAGGGCACCGACGGGAACUAUGCCUUCCUGCGCAGUGUCUCCACCACUGGUGCUGUGGACUAUGAAUACUUUGAUGUAGGAAUUGGGCAGAAUCUGGGCAUUGCCACGGGGCAGGUAUCCAUCAAUUAUCCCCAGCUGGACUUCGAGCCCCAGACAUUCUUUGCCUUUGGCUCUCCGAUCGGCAUGUUCCUCACUGUGCGUGGCCUGAAGCGCAUUGAUCCCAGCUACAGUUUCCCCACCUGCAAAAGCUUCUACAAUAUCUACCACCCGUUUGACCCAGUGGCCUACAGAAUAGAACCCAUGAUUGUAUCUGAUGUGGACAUUGAACCCAUGCUGAUUCCACACCAUAAAGGCAGGAAGAGGAUGCACCUGGAGCUGAAAGAGAGUCUGACACGGAUGAGUGCUGAUUUGAAGAACAAUGUUUUGGGCUCUCUGCGAACUGCCUGGCAGUCCUUCUCUCGGCUGCCAAUCGCAGCACUUCCCCCGGUAGCAGAAGGAGAAGCCGAUGCAGCAGCACUUUCCCCACAACAAGUGGAAGCCGGGAAAGACACAGCCAAAAGGACAGAGUGUAAGCCAGAUUUUUGGAAAAAAAUCUUGGAGUGGCCAAAAGUGAUUAAUUUAAAUUACUUCCAAGGUGCAAAGGUGGAGGAGGUAGAAACGGCAUCUGAGGAGCAGAAGGAGCAGCAGAACAUCAAGAUUGGGAUGCUGAACGGUGGUCGGCGCAUUGAUUAUGUUUUACAGGAGAAGCCCAUCGAGAGCUUCAAUGAGUAUCUGUUUGCUAUCCAGAGCCAUCUCUGCUAUUGGGAAUCGGAGGACACGGCUCUGCUGCUGUUGAAGGAGAUCUAUGAGAAGCUUGGAGUCGUUCUCGAACAACCCCAGCAGUGAAAAAGAUUAAAAACAAAAAAUCUGUGGUUACAGUAACAGGUUCCAUAGAAGUUCUGUAUUUAUACUACUGUACUACUCAAGCAAUUGGCAGUAAAGUUUGUUGCAGUACUGUUGCCCACAUAACCAGUGCCCAGUGGACAGUGUGUGUCUCCCUUAAAAAUGACUAACGUAGAGCGGCUGUCAUUGUUUACUUUCGUCAUGUUUUGAUUUUCAUUCUGUUGCCGUAUCUGCUCCAGUUGUCGUUUGCCUGUGGACCAUUGCACAAUAAGAGGGAAAUGUUCAGCACUAUCACAUUUCUUUCUCAAAAUAUGUUUAGUGCUGAAGCCAGAUCUGACACUGGUCAUGUCUCAACCAUGACAUUUUUAGACAUUUACAAAGGGUUUUGUUUCUUUCACAAUUUUUCAGUUAUAUUUUUUUGACUCAUCCUUAUGUUUAUGUGAUUAUACCUGUCUCCCUGUUAAAAGAACGGGUUUCCAUUACCAUGCUUCUCCAAUGCUGCUUUUGCACCCAUGGGGUGGUAUUGCUGGAGCCUUUACCUGCUUCCACCUCUGCCCUGAAGACUGAAAGGUGUUCUUGUGUAAUAUGUCACUUAUUAAUUUAUUUAAUAACAAAAAGGAUAAUGCUGAUCUAGUAAAAUGAAGGAUGUUUUUUCAAGCGGUUGUAAUGUCAAAUAUCUUCUGUACUCCACAGGGAAGUUUCUUAGUCCUAUGUGGUAUAUGUGGUAUGCGUAUGCAUUCCUAGUAGUGGCACAAUUACUAGACUGAAGAAUGAAAUGCACUGUACUCGUUGCUGUUCAGAAAUAGAGUUGUGCAGUGUAAAUGGUUACCAUUCUAAAACACUAAUAUCAGCAUAAUUUCCACAGUGGGUCUGUGUUCAGGGACUGGUGAAUGUAUCUCCAGCUUCGGGUCACGUUACGGAUAGCAUCUUUAAAAAGUUUCAUGAAGUUUGAUGAAAUUAUAAUUGCUACACAGUCAGUCUGCACAUGUUGAGCGAAUUCUCCAGCAACAGGAGAAAAUAUAUCUUUUUUUGGCCCCAUGCUUCUGUAUCAGCCUCCUCCUUUAGCAGCUGGGAGGCAGUUUCCAUCUGUGUGAUGAGGGGCUCAGCAGAUUUUUUUCCUUGGAGUAGAGUUUAGUUCAACUUCAGUGUAUAAUACAAAUAUAGUUCCCAGUAUUUUUUCCCCUUGAAUUCAGGGGUAAGCAACUCCAACUCUGACCAAGCAGAUUUUCAGGAUUUUAUGGUAGUUAUCCAGUGUUUGCACAAAAGUACCAGCUAAAGUGAAGACAUGAAGUAGAAGAAACACAUUGUGGGUAUAUCAUAAUGGUUCUGUCCAGUCUAACUCCAAUAGCUGGUUUCCUCAGUUUGCACUUUAUUGUGUGGUUACACCAAAAAAAAGAAAAACAUUAUGUAUGCCAUAAUAAACUU